AUGAGUGAGGCAGGGAAGGCCACCCUCCCGGGGAAGGCCACCCUCCCGGAGGUGGCCAGCGCAGUGUCCCGCCGGGCGGCCCAGGAAGACCUGUCAUCCCUGGGAGGCGGAGAUUCGCCCCAGGCCCCAGGGACCAGCAGCCUGGCCGCAGACUCGGCCCCCCAGGCCAGCAGCGCGGCCGCGGGCGCCAAGGGCAAGGCGCCCAAGAAGGUCAUCGCCAAGAAGGUGAGUGGAUCCGUCAAGUGGUUCAAUGUGAGGUACGGGUACGGUUUCAUCAGCAGGCACGACACCCAGGAAGACGUGUUCGUCCACCAGACGGCCAUCACCCGCAACAACCCCCACAAGUACCUACGCAGUCUGGGCAACGGCGAGGCUGUCGAGUUCGACGUGGUGCAGGGCAGGCAGGGCACCGAGGCUGCGAACGUGACCGGGCCAGCCGGCGCCCCAGUGCAGGGCAGCCGCUUCGCGGCCAACCGGCCCCGCUUCCGCCGUGGCUUCCACCGCCGUGGCUUCUACUUCCGCCAUCACGAGCCGCAGCACCGCGGGGCCUGGGCCGCCCAGUGGGACGUCGAGGACCCCGAACCGAGCAGAGAAGACUUCGCCGUCGCCCGCGGCCAGAGGCGCUGCCUGCCCAGCCGCCCCCAAGACCAGGGGCUGUGGCGCUUCCCGCCCUUCCGCAGGGCCCCGCCCGCCGCCCGCCACCCGGCCGUCUGCGCUCCCGCCGCCGCCUGCGGCGCGCGGGCCGCCGCCCAGCAGCCUGCGGCCGCCCCAGACGCCAGGCCCGAGGGCUCGCCGCCGCCGCCACGCCGGGGGCCCGGCCUGAGCUACCGGCGCAGCCGCCCCAGGGGCCGGGGCCUCGUCCCUGUUCCGCAGCCCCCGGAGCAGCCGGAGGCCGAAAACAAGGAGGGCGGCAGCGAGGCCGGAGGCCUGCUGGAGAAGCCCCCGCCGUGCCACGAAUGCCAGCGCCCCAGCAGCCCGUGCCGCCUCCCGCAGCAGCCGCCUGGCGCCCAGGGCCAGAAGCCCGAAGGAGGAGAGGGCGCGACCCGGAAGGGCCCUGCUGCCAAACCCGCUGGCGCUGCCAAGAAGAGCAGCGCCUCAGAGGAGGAUGCCGAGGCUGCAGGUGCAGAUGCCUCCUCUGCUGCUCAGGCCCAGUGA